GAAGUCAGCGAGGGUCUUCAGUGCAGAAAGCAGCGGGCUGAGCGAGUUUGGGUUUUUGAAGAACUUUUAAAAAUGAACAUGCUUGAAAUGGCUAUCCUGCUUCUGAGUCUCACUCAAGGUGGGUGGUGCACUUCGUGGACGAUACAGAUGCCCCCGACAAUAACAGCAGUGAGAGGGUCCUGUGUGCUCAUCCCUUGCAAAUUCAGCGUCCCAGACAAACAGACUGGUGUGGGGAGUCGGUUUGCUGUGUCUUGGAAAAAAGGACGAACAGCAGGAGCAACAGUUUCAACCUCAGCAGCAGACAGCAAUGACAACCUGCCGAGAGUCGAGGUGAUUGGGGACUUGUUAGAAAACAACUGCACGUCCAUCAUGACAGGGCUACGGAAAAGACACACAGACGUGUACUUCUUUAGGUCUGAAGAGUUUAGGUACACGUAUCCUAAGGGGGUCAAGAUUGACGUGACUGACUCCCCAGACAAACCAAUCGUCUCUGAAAUGGAUGCCGUACAAGAGGGAACAGUGGCCAGUCUGAACUGCACCGCUGCUGUACCGUGUCCCGCCGAGCCCCCCGACCUGCAGUGGAACGACACACUGAAUGGGAAUGUGACACAAAUCUACAGGAUGAAUGAAGACGGGACGGCGUCUCUGACAUCUACUCUGACAUUCGUAGUUUCCCAUGAGCACCACAGGAAGAAAAUCAAAUGCACCGCCCAGUAUGAGAUCAAAAACCGAAGUGAGCGAAGUGAGCGAAGCGUCACCGUCAGAGUUCAGUAUGCUCCAAAAGAAACCUUAGCCUUAGCAGACCCUUUACCCGGACUAAAAGAAGGAGACUCUGUGACCCUGCACUGCACCUCAAAUUCGAACCCAACGAGCAGCUACCUUUGGUUUCAAGUGAAUGAGACGACGGCCUACCAGAGAGGCAGUGGCCAGAAUUUGACCUUGACUACAGUGACCCCUAGUGACCACGGGAGGUACUACUGUCAGGCGAGGAAUGAACAUGGGGACAGAAACUCCACAGAGGUGACUCUGGAUGUGCAGUAUUCUCCAAGGAGGCCGUCCGUUUCACUUGGCACCCCUGAGCAAAUCUGGACCGGACAGUCUGUCACUCUGACUUGCACUGCCAAUGCCAACCCAAAGGCCACCUUCAAAUGGUUCAAAGUGAACCCACCUGAGAUGAACGGACCUCCUGGUCAGGGUGGUGCCAGGGCCGGUGAUGAGCAGAGCUUAAACUUCAAGAGAGUCAAGCUUGAAGACAACGGGAGGUAUUACUGCAAGGCGAAGAACAAGCUCGGGGAGGCUGUGUCGACGCAGGUGACCCUGGAGGUGCAGUAUAGGAAGGAGUCUGGCGUCCCAGUCUGGGCAAUAGCUGGGGGUCUUGUGUGCGGACUGACACUUCUCAUAAUUGGGCUCAUUGUGAAGCGUUUGAAGACCAAACGAAACAAAACUGAAGAAAGAAGAGAGAAGGUGGACUCCAAUGACGAUGAGGAGGGUGUCUACACAGAAAUUAAGAGGUCCCUCGACACCUCAGCAGAGAUCGAUGAGACUGAGAAUUACUUGUGUGUUGAAGGCGAACAAGAAGUUCACUAUGCCAACCUCGAUUAUGCCAAACUUUGCAUCAAAAACGAGGGACGUGAAGAAUGGAAGAGUGAAGAGUGGAUUAAUGUUCACUCGGAAAAUGUCAUCGAGUACGCACAAGUGAAGUUUUCACAGAGAGAAGAGACUGUUGGGUCAGGAGAUACCGACGUCCAAGAGAGUUAACUACCAGUCUGUGGUGGAUAACGUUAAUCUAAAAGAUCAGCCAAUGUUGACUUCUUGAAGGAAGUGUUAAUGUUAAAGACUCAGAGAUGUCUGGCUGAUGAAAUGGAAAUGCAGCACCGUCUUUACGGAUCAUUUUCCUUACUUUUGGAAGUUGAUCUUUUCUUCAUGAACAUCACUUUGCUCUUCAUCAAUGACUCCGGUCAGCACCUUGGCUUUCUUCAUUUGUUUGUACAGCAGAAGCUCUGGAUUAUGAUCAAGUGUGGCCUAGCGGCUAAGGCAUUGGAAUUUAAGCCACAAGCUGACCAGUUCGGUUGUCACCUCAGACUCCCUGAGGGGUCUCAUAUGCUGCCCAGACUCCGAUUGUAAGAACUGCAUGGAUGUAAUUGGAGCCGGUCAGUCGCUUUGGCAUUUCACCAAAUGAGCUUGAUGGACUGAAUGGUUUCCUCUCGUCUGUCAAACUGUUCAAGAUGUCAGCCCAAUACCAGGUAUAAUGAUAACAGUCGCGAUUCUCUGUAACUGUGCCCAUUAAAAAGAUAGAAACACAAACCCACACUAAGCUACUGACUGAAAAUCUACAACGUGGGAGGCCAAAGUGGACACGAGGAGAACAUGCGGACUGUAAAUCUGAACUCUGGACUGUGGCAUGGCAGCACCAACCAGUGCACCACUGUGCCACCAUGAAUGUGCCACCUAAUGAUGAUAAACAAAUUGAAGAAAAUCAAUGAUGGCAAUCACAAAAGCCACCAACGUUUCCAUUAUUUUGAAAAGGCCCUUCUAAACUUUAGAAAUGCUUCAGAAGAUAUUCUUUCUGUCUCCUUACUAAGGCACGUACCCCAUUUUGUUUGCUGGUAAAAGACUGAAGUUUGUGGUUAAGCUGCCAACCUAACCCUCACCAGUGUGUGCCCUCAAGGCGCUAUAUGACGAGUGACGCGUAGCUCCGCAUGCUGGGGGGUCGGCUUACUUUGCUUUGUGAUUCUUACACUAAAGUUGGGGCCUCAUCUUCAGUCGGGCACUCUGACCAUAAAGGAGGGCGUUUGGACUUUGUAAGUGCCCAUCCACACCAGUGGCACCGAGGCCAGCUUAACGGUGUAAGGAGGUCCUACGUUGGGGGGACGCGGACUGCGUAUCUAGAUGUUCUGUCACACAGGGGUCUUCCACCCUCUACUUGUUUUUUAUGUUGUCUUCAUUGCAAGGAUACCAAAGGUGAAGCUCCGGAUGGCUUCGUUCAUUUCUUUAUUUCUGUAAAUGGUGUUGGUGCGGUGUAACAGUCCGGGGCAUUCGACGACUCAGCUAACUGAUGUGAAGUUUGAGCGCUGCUCAUUUUUUAUUUACUUUGUCUAUAAAUCAGUUAUCGCAUUUCA